UUGACUUUCCUUUUAAUGAGAGGAAUUAAUGUUUAUUAGAAUCCUAUUGAAAAAAAUAUGCAUAGGUUGUAGGAACUGAAAAUUGAACAUGGAUAUUAAAACAACACCAUGAAAUUCCUGCCCUUUCUUCAUUUCUGCAUGUCAUACAGCACUGAUUCUAGUAAAUACCUUACCUUAUUGCAAGAAAAAAGACAAAAAAAUAUUUCUUUUUAGUUAAUUCCAAAUAUAAAUGAAGUGUCUGAGUAAUUACUAUGUAAUUCAUGUAGAAAACAAAGAUAAACUGAUUAUGUCUGCAGAUUUCUAUGUUGUCAAUGUCACUUACAGAGGGUGUUCCAUGAAUUUCUUUUAUAAUUAAAUAAAUAAAAUCCUGUUUUGUAAAUCAGGCUGAUGUAGGAGGGCAUUUUGUAACCAACAAUAUAUAUUAAAUUGACCAAAAAAAAAAACGAUGUUAAAGGAUGGAAUUCAGUAUUUUUCACAAAAACUUAAGGUAUUAGAGGUUUCUAAGGGACUCACGUAAUUUAAAAAUACCACCUGUCUCUUCUCAUUUGUCUUUUCUUUUUUGAUUUUUCAAGACAGGGUUUCUCUGUGUUGCUUUUGGACCCUGUCCUGAAACUCACUUUGUAGACCAGGCUGUCCUUGAACACUCAGGGAUUCACCAGCCUCUGCCUGCCGAAUGCUGGGAUUAAAGAAUCCAUUGACUUUCAAGGACGUGGCCAUCAGUUUCUCCAAAGAAGAAUGGGAAUGCCUGGACACAGCUCAGAGAAAUUUAUACAGAGAGGUCAUGUUGGAGAACUACAGCAACCUAGUUUCUGUAGGCCUUUCUGUAUCAAAACCAGAGCUAGUCACCUGUCUUGAACAGAACAAAGAACCUUGGAUUGUGAAUAUAGAGCAAGCAGAAGACACAGAACCAGCUCUCUUUUGUUAUCCCAUUCAGGAGUCAUUCACAAAAGAGUGUACCCAGGAUACUUACCAAAGAGAAAUAUCAGGACAGUUUGAAAGUAAUAGCCUCGGUGAAUUACACAUAAGAGAGUUCUGGACAUGUAUAUCUGACAAUGAAAAGCAUGAAACAUGUGCUGAUGGAAAUGAUCUUUUUGUAGUAGCCAUCACUGACAUUCCUGACAGUAUAGAUGAAGAAGUUCCAGCUUCUCCUCACAAAGCUCACUCUGCAUCAUUUCCAUUCAGAUCCUGCAAUUUCCAUUCAGCUAUUCAAAAUGACUCAAGACACACUGAUGGGAAACAACCAACAUUCAAAGCAUGUAGACAGUAUUUUACCCACCCAUCAAAAUUUGAGGGGAAUCCAAGAUUCAGUGUUGGACAAAUUAAUAAAAUAUUUGGAAGGAUUUACAGGAGAUGCUCAGACCUUUUCAGAAUUAAUGUGGUUCAUACUAGAGAAAAAAUGUGCAAAUGUAAAAUAUGUGGAAAGUUGUUUUCUACAUUUUCAGUACUUGAGGAGCAUCAUAAAAUCCAUAUGACAAAAGAAUCAUACAAAUGUCCAGAGCAUGACAGUUUCCAUUCCCAUGAAUCAAAAUAUAGAACUCAUUGUAAAAUCCACACUGAAGAGAAUGCUUUUAAAUGUACAGAGUAUGGCAAGUUGUUUGCCCAUGGGUUUUCUCUUCAUCUUCCUCAGAGAAAUGAUUCAGGAGAAAAACUUUUCAUACAUGAAGCAUGUGGCAAGUCUUUUACUCAGAGUUCAACACUUCAUAUUCAUCAGAGGAGCCACACUGGAGAGAAACCUUAUAGAUGUAAGGAAUGUGGCAAGUCAUUUAACAAGGCCUCAAAUUUUAAAGUUCAUCAGAGGAUCCACACUGGAGAGAAACCUUACAAAUGUCAUAUAUGUGACAAGUCAUUUACACAGAGCUCAACAGUUCAAAAUCAUAAAAGAAAACAUACUGGAUUGAAGCCUUACAAAUGUAAUGUAUGUGGAAAGUCCUUUACUCAUAGCUCAACACUUAAAGUUCAUCAAAGAUUACACACUGGAGAAAAACCUCAUAAAUGCGCUGUAUGUGGAAAGUCCUUUAUUGUAGGCCCCAACCUUAAAGUUCAUCAAAGAAUACACACUGGAGAAAAACCUUACAAAUGUUCAGAUUGUGGAAAGUCCUUUACUCGGAGGUCAACACUACAUGUUCAUCAAAGAAUACACACUGGAGAGAAACCUUAUAAAUGUUCAGAUUGUGGACAGUCCUUUACUCGGAGGUCAACACUACAUGUUCAAAGAAUACACACUGGAGAGAAACCUUAUAAAUGUUCAGAUUGUGGCAAAUCCUUUACUCACAGGUCAAAUCUUCAUGUUCAUCAAAGAAUACACACUGGAGAGAAACCUUAUAAAUGUUCAUAUUGUGGCAAGUCAUUUUCUCAGAGGUCAACAUUCAUGUUCAUCAAAGAAUACACACUGGAGAAAAACCUUACAAAUGUUUAGAUUGUGGAAAGUAUUUCACUCGUAGCUCAAAUUUUUAUAUUCAUCAAAGAAUACAUUCAGGAGUAAAAUCUUAGAGAUGUAAAGAAUGUGACAAGUUCUUUGGACAGAUCUCACAUCUACAAAGACAUCCCAAACUCCACACAGGAAGGAAACAUUACAGAUGUAAAGAAUGUGGCAAGUCCUUUACCAGGGCCUCAAUACUUCAAGUCCUUCAAAGAAUCCAAAAUGGAGAAGAAAGUUAAAAAUAUACUGAUCGUGACAAAUCCUUUGCCACAUGUUCAAGGCUACUAAAGACCCAUUGAAGGCAGAACCCUUAAAAUUGUAAUGAAUGUGCUAUGUGUUAUAUUCUUUUCCAAUGGAUCAUCUCAGGAUAAACUCACUAUAACCAUACAUUGGAGAAAGCUUACAAAUACAAAGCAUGUGGGAAAACCUUAUUUAGGUUUUUAAAUCUUGAUCCUCACAUACGGAGUCCUCAAAUAUUCAAGCCAACAGAGUAUCACUAAUGGGAAGAAACUUAACACAUGUUAAGAAUUAAAAAAAAAAUCUUUACAAGGAGCUCAAGACUUAGAACAGGUAAGAAAAUUUAUGAAAGAAACAAACUCAAUUGGUAAUUAUUACCCCAGAACUCAUGCAAUAAAAGGAUUCUCUAUAGUAUGGGUAGUGGAAGGAAAACUUUAGCAAAUGUUAAAACCUUACUCAGUGUCAGAAGAGAAACAUCAAGAAGCCUUAUGCUUGCUGUGAUUUUAGAAACAUUUUUACCAAGAAAUAAAAUUUAUGUUCACAAAAGUUCCUUGGAAAACAAUCUACAUAGACAGCAAUGUGUCAAUCAGAAUUACACAAUAAUCAUAUAUUAAAAUGACAUAGGAUUAAUUUGACAAGAUAUGAAAGAAAUAAAAAUUUAAAAUGUUAAGACUUAUGCCAGGAUAAUUUUAUGGAUAACUAUAUCAAGUCAAAGUCUCCGCACAAUUUUCUGUAUAUUUUAUGGUACAGGAUAUUGAUCUGAGACUGCUAUAGCUUUUAUAUAAAUAUUUUGUUGCUAAUAUUUGAGAUUUUAUGGAAUAUAAUAUUGAUGGUUUGAACAUCCAAUCAGCCCCCAAUUUUUCUCAAUUAUCAAUAAAUACAAUAAAAUUUGUGUUCAAUUUC